GCCCUGCCAAGUUUAUUAUAAACACCGCGCGAGCCGCAGCAGCGCUGUCAAACGGAGCGCGAGCGCAGAGCGAGCUGCAGUCCAGAGGAAGACACGGACACACACACAUACACACACACACACACACUAACACACAUCGAGAGGAGCUGCAGCUGCACACACACAACAUCUGGAUUACUACCCGGGAGAACCAGCGGUGAGGUAUAAACCAGAAAGUUUGGGAGGAAGCAACGAGCUGAGUGUGGAGGUAGUGAAGAGAAACUGUGACUGUGAGUGAAAGCAGCACCUGAAGCCUCUGGGACUCACGGUUCACCUCCUCGUUGUGUUUUUGCAGACCGGUGUUCGCACCGGUUGAACCUCCAUGUAUAAGAUGGAUUACUCCUACCUGAACUCCUAUGACUCCUGCAUGGCGGCCAUGGAAGCGUCGGCCUACGCGGACUUCAGCUCCUGCAGCCAGGCCAGCUCCUUCCAGUACAACCCGAUCCGGAGCGGACCUUUCUCCAACCCGGGCUGCACUCCGCUCAGCACGGCCAGCUGCACUCUGGGAGCCCUGAGGGAGCACCAGCCCACCCCGUACUCCUCAGUCCCUUACAAGUUCUUCUCGGACCCCUCCGGACUGAACGAGAAGAGGAAGCAGCGGCGCAUCAGGACCACCUUCACCAGCUCCCAGCUGAAGGAGCUGGAGCGGGUUUUCGCCGAGACGCACUAUCCAGACAUCUACACCCGAGAGGAGCUGGCUCUGAAGAUAGACCUGACCGAGGCCCGGGUCCAGGUUUGGUUUCAGAACAGGCGUGCCAAGUUUCGCAAGCAGGAGCGAGCAGCCAACGCCAAAGCCAACAGCUCUGGUGGCACCACAGGCAGCAACAGCAGCAGCAGCUCUGGAGGGAAGAAAGGUGGAGAGCCGAGAUCUUCAUCAGACGAUGACGAGUCCAAAGAGUCCACCUGCAGCCCCACACCUGACAGUACGGCCUCCCUGCCCGGCUCGGCCAACGGAAACCUGGGCAGCCCUGCGAGCCUGAGCCCCAGUCCAGCUCCCACCAACAGCGGCUAUGCCAACGCCUCCAGCUCUCCGGUUCUUCAGGGGCUGAAGCCUCCUAGCUGGUCCAGCCUGGGCCCGUCCAACCCAGCCGUGGCUCAGCCCGCAGCCCAGACUCAGGAGAUUCUGAAGGCCUGGCAGCCGGCGGACAGUAUGACCGGGCCCUUUGCCGGAGUCCUGUCCUCCUUCCACAGAAAACCCAAUCCCACCAUCAAGACGAAUCUGUUCUGAAGCACAGAGGAAGAGAAAAGCAGAAACUAACUGGAACAGGGAGGAGUUUCUAUGGUGUAGUCUGCUGUAGUUCAGCGAGGCCCUCGGUUCUUCCCUGAAAAACUGUCCUGUCAAACUGUUUCCAAGCUCAGAUAAUAAAAUCACAGGUCUGGUCACUGUUUCACACCUAAAUAUUAUGCAACACUAUACCUGCUAAACCUUCCUGGACAUGGACAGAGAACAUUUCACUCUCAGUAGGUGUUCAAAUCCCUCUUUCUCAGACAAAAUUAAAAGAUACACUCUAUUGAAAGACGUUGAAAUAUACAGCGUCUAAAUGAUGUUUGUGUACAGGUGGAUCACAUAUGUAUUCACACAUUCAGUCUCUUUUCUGUCUCACAUUCUCACACUCACUGCAUUGCAACAAACCCUGCAGCAGCUCCGAUGAGCAUGGCGGUCAGGUACGAGCUGAAAUCAGAAGUCUAAACAUCACGCUCCAGUCUCUGCUGGGAAAACUAAACAAACAAACUUUUACCCCUCAAGCACAACUUCCUCUAAGCCCCCUGACACACAGGCUUCCCCAACAAGGAACAGGGUCCCCCUAAAUCUCUUUGCCGAGCAGAGCGGGGCACCCAGAAAUCCAAUUAGAGCAGCCGGGUCCAGACAAGACACCUCCCCAGUUCACCUCAUCCCCCACUUCCUCCUUCACUGUAUCAAGUCCUGACUCCCACACUCUCAUCUUCCCCAAAGCUUUACGUCCCAUCAUGCCUCUCUCCGUCAAAACAUAAGUCUGCAAGGGAAGGAGAUGGAGAAAUUCAGGUGCUUGAACCCAUUUUCAGUCCACAUCUACUGCAGUUUCCUGCUAUAUUCUUUGGGUGGAGAAGCGAUGAGUAAGCUGGAACCCACACAUUUAUCAGUCCCAUUAUAGCUGACUUUACUGUUGCUGUCAUUGUACUACAUCUGGUUUUUCUCUUUAACCACAGACUGAGGAGUUUUUUGAUGAUUCUCCUGCUCACAUGACUUCCAAUUUACUCUGACUCUAUUUUUUCAGCCAGGUUUCAUUAACUCCAACACACAAAAGACGCUGGUCAAAGGCUGCCAGUACACGGAGAUGGAGUUUUUUACUGUAUGUUCAUUUAUACCCUGAUUUUGUUCCCGUUUACAUUCUUUGUGUGUGUGUGUGUGUGUGUGUGUGUGUGUGUGUGUGUGUGUGUGUGUGUGUGCAAAAAAAACAAACAACACUUUGUACAUUUCUACUGUAUGUUCAUUUAUACCCUGAUUUUGUUCCCGUUUACAUUCUUUGUGCAUGUGUGUGUGUGUGUAUGUGUGUGUGUGUGUGUGUGUGUGUGUGUGUGUGUGUGUGUGUGUGUGUGUGUGUGUGUGUGUGUGCAAAAAAAACCGCAACACUUUGUACAUUCUUUCACCCUGCAAAGUUGCUUGUGAAUCACUUCUGUUUCAAUAUAUUGAAAAUCUCUGAAACUGAUUUCAGAGGGAGGGUUUACUCCAGAAAUCUACUUAAAAGGGGGAAAAACAUGUAUUUAUUAAUAUUUUUUAUUAUGUCAGUGACAAACCUACAUUUAUUUGAACUGCUCCAUCAAAUUUUGUGACUGUAAAUUCUGUAAUUAGUAAUAUAAAUAUUAGGUAGCUUUCCUUUUUUGCUUUACAGAUCUAUUUCCAUUGCAGAGCAUCUGUCUCUCAGACCAACACGUCAAUGAAAUCUAUGAAUCGACAGAAAGCUCUCGCGAAUGAGAAGUUAUAGCACUACUCUGAAUAUUCUAAUAAAUCUACAUUAUGGAGGCACUA